AAAUAAUAAUAAUUAGAAAACAUGGGUGGCACGGAUCUCACAAUAGCGACGGAACACAUCUCAGUGCAGAAAAAAUCACUCUCUUGAUAGUUCCACUCCCUCGUUUUUCACAUGCAAAGGAGGGAGCAGUAGUAUAUGAGGAGCUCCUGAUAAAAAAUUGAAGCACAGCAGUAUUGUUGCGAGAGGAUCACCGACGUAGCAAAAACAUGGGUAUGCUCAGAGGAUUGGCACUCGCCUUUUCCGUGAGCUUCUUCUCAUGCUACCUGGCGAUGGUUUCCUCCGAUGUUGCUUCCUCCGACAGCGAUGGCGAUGGUUUCCUCCAAUGCCUAAGGGAGAAGAUACCCAGAGAGCUGGUGUACACACAGAGCUCCAGCAACUUCACCGACGUGCUGGUCUCCUCCAUCAAGAACCCCAGGUUCUUCACCAACGCCACGGCGAGGCCGCUCUGCAUCGUCACGCCGGGCGACGCCUCCCACGUCCAGGCCGCCGUGGUGUGCGGCCGCAUGCAGGGCGUGCGCCUCCGCGUGCGCAGCGGCGGGCACGACUACGAGGGCCUGUCGUACCGCUCGGCGCGGCCGUCCGAGGUGUUCGCGGUGGUCGACGUCGGCGCCAGCCUCCGGGCCGUGCGCGUCAACCGUCUCGAGUCCACGGCCUGGGUCGACUCCGGCGCCACCAUCGGGGAGCUGUACUAUGCCAUAGCCAAGAACGACUCACUGGUCGCGUUCCCGGCUGGAGAGUGCACGACCGUCGGCGUAGGCGGCCACUUUAGCGGCGGGGGCAUCGGCAUGAUGAUGCGUAAGCAUGGCCUCGCUGUCGACAGGAUCGUCGACGCCAAGCUGGUCAACGCCGACGGGGACCUCCUCGACAGGGCCGGCAUGGGGGAGGACCUCUUCUGGGCCAUCCGAGGCGGCGGCGGCGGGAGCUUCGGCGUCGUGCUCUCUUGGAAGGUGCAGCUCGUGAACGUCCCGCCCACGGUGACGGUGUUCAACAUCGGGAAGACGGUCGACCAGGGCGCCGUGGACAUCCUCACCAGAUGGCAGGACGUCGCGCCGUCGCUCCCCAGCGACCUCACCAUAAGGGUGAUCGUGCAGCAGGGGCAGCAGGCUCUGUUCCAGGGCCAGUACCUCGGCGCGUGCGGCGCGCUGGUGGAGACGAUGGGCGAGCAGUUCCCGGAGCUCGGCAUGACGAGCGCCGACUGCCAGCAGAUGACCUGGCUGCAGUCCGCGGCCACGCCCUUCAUCAGCUUCUCCAGCAACGGCACGCUGGAGGAGGUGCUCCUGAACAGGACCGCCAGCCUGAGCACGUCCACCAAGGGCAAGUCCGACUACGUCCGGCGCGCCAUCACCAAGGCCGCGUGGGAGGAGAUCUUCUCUCGCUGGUUCGCCAUGGACGGCGCGGGGCGCCUCAUCCUGGAGCCCCACGGCGGGUUCAUGGACACCAUCCCCGCCGCCGCCACGCCGUACCCACACCGGAACGGCGUGCUGUACGUCAUCCAGUACAUGGCAUUCUGGCAACAGCAGGGUGAGGGCGGCGCGGCGGCGAAGAGCUGGAUCGGCGGCUUAUACGACUUCAUGGGGCAGCACGUGAGCAAGAACCCGAGGCGGGCGUACGUGAACUUCCGAGACCUGGACAUCGGCCAGAACGACGACGACGGCACCUUCGACUUCGAGAACGGCCCGCUCUGGGGCGAGCGCUACUUCGUGGGUAACUACCGGAGGCUUGCAUCGGUGAAAUCCGUGGUGGACCCGACGAACUACUUCAGAAACGAGCAGAGCAUCCCGCCGCUGAUAGAGACGACGACGCAAGUGAUGUAGCAGAGCUGCUGCAUUCAUGUGCGAGAGAUGUCCGACAAAUUAACACUUGGAUCCUGAUGUUCCUACUACCGGUCGGGAUCAGUUUGCUUUCAUGAAUAAACUAAACAGAACAUGCUAUCAUUGUAUUUCUGUUGGUUAACCAAUCGUGAUCGAUGGCA